GGACGGUUGAAAAGUGUGGUAAAGACAACAUGGAUUAGUCUCGGUUGUGUUGUUGCCAAAAUAACCUAAUAGUUAUUUAUUAAGGAUGUGGGCCGCCAGACGAUUCCUAUCAUUAGUAUCCCAGAGAGGUUGCUGUGAAGUGCGGUCUGCUUUAUUAUGUCAGCGUGGCUCCCUCCCCGAGCUCGAACUCCGGUAUCUUCAGUGCACCUGCUGCUGGAGAAGCCAGGUUCCUGUGGCUGGUUUUGAGACCCUGAACACCUCCAUCAAGUCCACGGUGCUGUGCAGGGAGGAAGACAGCAAAAAGCCUCUGGAUUAUUUGUACACUUUUGAGCAGCGCAGCAUCAUCCUCCACCUGCUCAACACCGCCACCCAGGCUGAGCUGGAGGGUGUCAAGUUGCUGAGGGGCCGCAAGUCUGUCAACAUCGUGGAGUACAGGGAUAGGAAUGGGCCGUUCAACACGCUGGAGAGUGUGGUGAAUGUGCCACGGCUUAAGCACAAAAGCGCAGUGAUAGUCUUCAAUGAUAUCCUCAAUCCACAGAAAAAAAAGAAAGCCACAGUACAGCUGGCCAAGUUUGUGAAGCCACCUGUGGACAGAUCCUGCCUAGAGGAUGCCAGUUCUAUUGUGUCAAUAGUUUGUGGGACCAAUAAGAUUGCGUGGGCACAUGUGGACCACGGAAUGACUGUACUGGAUUGGCAGCAGCUGGAAUGUCCGAACUUCUUGAAGGGAACAUACUUGGCCUCUGCUUACCUGUCUGAUAUAUCCACGGUUGUGUCCCUCCUUCCCCCAACUGACUUAUACAUCAUAGAGAAAUCAUCCAUCUCAGUCCAGAAUACCGCUCUGUUCCCCAUCAUGGCCCACAUGAGGACUGUGGAGGCCAUGUUGUUCGCCCUGCUUGAGCCAAGAAGUUGCUCACCUGCCCCCAAUGUUUGUCCCAGAGUUAUCAACAUGACGCGUGCUGCCGUGGGACGCCACUUUGACCUGAUGGUGGGUGAGUCACGGACGAGUGGAGCGCACACAGUGCAACAGUUGAUGACCAAGUCAGUGACACAGAAGUGCCCCAGAAUAAACAUCCCCCAGGAGCUGCUGAUGAAACACAGGAAAGCUUUUGAAGUGGGCAUUUGGAAAGAAGGGGACGAGCUGUGCGAUGCCCUGCUUCAGGCCGUGGCUUUUUACGAGCUGCUCAGCCAAUCUGCCUCUUAGUACACACACCAGUGUCAACCUGAG